UCGUUUCAUCACUUUGCUGUUGUAACGUCUUCAGAAUCUUUAAACCCAGACGAGACGAUCGUUGCGGGAUACCGGAUUUCGUUCUGUCAAAUCGGUCUGUAUACAAAACCGUUAAUUCUGUUCUAUACUUUUGGUGAUUCAAAGAAAUAGCGCCAAAAUGAGUCUUCCGAUAUCGAAGAAAAGUAAAGACGAGGCAAACAAGGAAGAAUGUAACGUAGAUAUAUCGAAGGAAGCAAAAAGUAUAUUAGACAAGAUUUUAGGAGACGUGAGCAAAACGUCUGCCACCAAACAAAUUGUUAUUGGUACAACGUCAGGAUGGCUGACCGGUUUUGUGACAAUGAAAAUUGGAAAAGUAGCUGCGUUCGCAGUUGGUGGUGGGAUUAUAAUGUUACAAAUUGCAGCUCACCAGGGUUACAUAAAAGUCAAUUGGGACAAGAUUCAAAGGAAAGCUGAGAAAAUUACAGAUAAGGUAGAAGAGAAAGUUACUGGUGAAGGACCAAAGUUUUUGGACAAGGUCGAGAGAUACGUCGAUAAAAAACUAGACAAAGCUGAGCAAUUGUUGAAGAACGGUGAAACUCGCACGCGACGCUGGUAUCACUCUGUAACCGGUGACACUACGUUUAAACCCACAGAAUUUCACUUCUUCCUUGCAUCUUUCGUAGCUGGAUUAGCGAUUGGUUUCGCGACUGGCAAGCCGAUUUAAGUUAUCCUGUACGCUGAAUGCAUGUACUUGUAUAAAAGAAAAAGACAAGUGCUUAUGUCGCGAGAACAACAAUAAGCUUUGGUAAAAGACAUGGCCCAAUCUUUGAAAGUAUGAAUGGUAAAAUAUAUUUCAUGAUAAAUACGAAAAUUUCUCUGCGUUUUAGCACAAACGUUUUAUGCUGAUCAUGAGUUUCAGACCACUUUAGAAGAUUCUUUGAAUCAAUCAAGCGAUGACGUAAAUGCAAACUUGUACCAUUCAGAAUGCAGCAGAAAUACAAUGAUGUUUAGGAUUAUAUUACAUAGUCUAGAGAUUAGUGUGAACUUCAUUGUACUUGAUAGAAAGUUACUAAUAAGUACUAAGCUGUCUAAUGUUUGCUUUUUGUAUAUCUUUCUACCUGUAAUCUAAGCAAACUUGUUCUGAUUUCAA